AUGCCCGGGUUUGAUUACAAGUUUCUGGAAAAGCCAAAGAGACGCUUCCAGUGUCCGCUCUGCAGUAAGGCGAUGCGGGAGCCGGUCCAAGUGUCUACCUGUGGACACCGCUUCUGUGACACCUGUCUCCAAGAAUUCCUAAGUGAGGGGGUCUUCAAGUGUCCUGAGGACCAGCUGCCGUUGGACUAUGCCAAGAUCUAUCCAGAUCCAGAGCUGGAGCAGCAGAUCUUAGCCUUGCCUAUCCGCUGCAUCCACAGUGAGGAGGGCUGCCGUUGGACCGGCCAGAUGAAGCAGCUGCAGGGCCACUUCUCCACCUGCGCCUUCAAUGUGAUACCCUGCCCCAAUCGUUGCUCUGUCAAGCUGACACGUCGCGACUUGCCUGACCACCUGCAGCACGACUGCCCCAAGCGCAAAGUCAAGUGCGAGUUUUGUGGCAGUGAGUUUACUGGAGAAGCUUAUGAGAACCACCAGGGAGUGUGUCCCCAGGAGAGCGUUUACUGUGAGAAUAAGUGUGGAGCAAGGAUGAUGCGUCGUCUGUUGUCCCAACACAGCAUGGCGGAGUGUCCAAAACGCACACAACCAUGCAAAUACUGCGGCAAAGAGUUUGUCUAUGACACAAUCCAGAACCAUCAGUACCACUGCCCUCGUUUUCCUGUCCAGUGCCCAAACCAGUGCGGUACACCCAACAUUGCCCGGGAGGAUCUGGCUAACCAUGUGAAGGACAACUGUGGCAGCGCACUCGUCCUCUGUCCCUUUAAAGACGCCGGCUGCAAACACAGAUGCCCCAAACUGGCUAUUGGUCGUCACCUGGAGGACACCACUAAAUCCCACCUAACUAUGAUGUGUAACCUGGUGGGGCGCCAGCGGCAGGAGAUCCUGGAGCUUCGGAGGGAGAUGGAGGAGCUGUCAGUCAGUCAUGAUGGCGUUCUCAUCUGGAAACUCAACGACUAUUCCCGCAAACUCCAGGAAGCCAAACUCCGAAGUAACCACGAGUUCUUCAGCCCGCCCUUCUACACUCAUCGCUACGGCUACAAGCUGCAGGUGUCGGCCUUUCUAAACGGUAACGGCAGUGGCGAGGGCUCCCACCUGUCCGUCUACAUCCGCGUGUUGCCAGGAGAGUACGACAAUCUCCUGGAGUGGCCGUUCUCCUACAAGGUGACUUUCUCCAUCUUGGACCAGAGCGACCCAUCGCUCUCCAAACCGCAGCAUAUCACCGAAACCUUCAACCCUGACCCCAACUGGAAAAACUUCCAGAAGCCCUGCAGCAGCCGCAACUCGCUGGACGAGAGCACCCUGGGCUUCGGCUAUCCCAAAUUCAUCUCUCACGAGGAGAUCAAGAAGAGGAACUACAUCCGAGACAACUGCAUCUUCAUCAAGGCUUCUAUAGAGAUUCCCCAGAAGAUAAUGGGUUAAGAUCUGAUCCUUGUUUUCUUUUUAUGAAGGAGAAAGAUAGGUUAAAGACUGGAAAAGAUGCAUAACCUUGAAAACUUCUACACACUUACCCUUUAGAUACUCUCUGCCCCUACAGCCUCUCCACCACAGAGCUUGAAGCAAGUCUGUUUGGCUGUGUUAGCUGACUGGAAGGACCUGAUAUAAUGCAGAGGAGAAAGUGUUUGGUCUGCAGAACCAUCACUCUCUGGUAUUUCUUUUGAAUUUUGUUUAAAAUCUAUUUGUUGACCUUUUAUUACAGUCUACAACAAAAACGCCUUGGAUAUCAAACAGUGCCUAGAGAGUUUAUCUUAAGUUAUAUUUUUGUUGUUAUUUCUGCAGUACAAAUGAUAAAGAUUAUGGAAAAGGUAUAAAGAGGAGGGAUGAAGGGCUUCACUAAGCCUCCGCACUUACCAGAACGAAAGUUAGAAGGUGGUCGGUUAGUGAUGUCCCGCUUUAUCUGGGGUGAUCUGAUGAAGAGGGAGCUCAGCAGACUCAAGCUCAAGCCCAGCUGCCUUUUGUUUACAUGUUCGUACAGUAUACUCCCAGUAAUCCUUUAACAAACACAGAGCCCUUGGUGUGAAACCACUUGUGAUGUUUGUGCACACAAACUGACAAAUCAACAUUUUCAGGUGAGAAACUUGCAACAUCCACCCUGGUGAUUCACAUUUUACUUACAAAUUACAGAAAUUUCUUUGAGCCUCCAUAUUAUCAGAACAACAUUAGAAAAACAAAAAAUAUAACAAAAUCAGUGCUGUUUUUUUGAAUAAAAAACUGGAAAAACAAGAUUUUCACCUGACAGGAGAUCCAUCCAUUACAGACAACUUUGCAGACAUACCAAACCGACACUUCAUAGAAUCUCUAUGGAGCUUCAUAUUGAUUGUGGAGUCCACCAAUAGACAAAAAGCACCUUUUGUUGGUCUUCAGAUGAGCAGAGCAGACAAAGAGGCCAGCCACACUUGUCAGAGAACAUGUGCAUUUAAAUAGUGAAGGAAAAGCCAUGUGGCCUUUUUAUACAGUAUGUUUUCGCAUGAGGGUGGGGGGUGAGCAGGGCGACAUAAACACCUGCAUGCUUCAUGUGCUACCACCUGGACCACAUUUUUGUACUGUAACCUGUAUUCUUGAAAUCCUCUCCCAUUGAUGGCUAUUUUUUUUUCUCUUUUUCUGAUCGCAACAGUUUGAAAGUUGUCCUUAAGAAAAACUUUUUAUGUUAAUUUUGUUUGUUUUAUAUAAAGAAAAUGUGAACAGCAUUGGUUUAUUACGUAGAGAGACGAUGUUUUGACUCAUCCCAACACUUGGCUGUGAAGUGUAGUGUUUUACAUAGCCUGGCGGUGGACGGUGUGCACAGGCUGUUUGAAAAGAUGGUUAAUGACACGGUCUCUGCAAAUAUGUGGGUGUCUCUGGACUGACUGCACCUUUGUUGUUACCAUGGUCACCAGUGUCUAUCUUCAGCUCGGCACACAAUGUGACGAUGAGGAGCAGCUAAAGAUAAACAGCCCAGUGGAAAACACCUGUAUCAGACUCUAUCACAGCACCAUCAGAGGGGUGGAGGACUUUGACUAUACAGUCCAUUCAUGAUGUUUGUGAAUACUAAUGUAAAAAUGCAGAAGCACAUUCUGUCUUUUAUUAUACAUGGGAUUUCCUGAUUUCUUGUCAUAAUACCAGCUGAUAUUUUACAGUGAUUUAAAGAAGUGAGAAGAUAAAAAAAGGAAAACAAACAAAAAAACUUUUUUGUAAGAUUCUGUAUUUUUAAAGAUGCGUAGCUGUUUUAUACAAACACUUUUUGUUGGAGAGUCGGGGUUGACUUUGGGAAUUUUCAGACCCUUUCGUCUCUUGGACAUUUGGAUAAUUUGUUUGUCUGUGUGGUUUGAACCUCACAUUUUGUCUGUAUUAUUUCCUCUUAAAAGUAUUUAUUUUAAGGAGCCAUUAUGUGAGUUUGAACAAAUGGCACUAAUGUUUUAAUAUGUUGAUUGAGGAGUGCUUGUCAAUUUCUUAAUUGAAAUAAAAUACCAUAUAUUAUAA